AUGUUAUACACCGUCACUGGGUUGUUUUCAUGUUUCGUAGCAGUCAACCUUGGUCUUGUUUGUUCCUGUAGUGAAGGAGACGCCGGAGGAGACAGCGUCGUGGUGUAUUACCAGUCGGAGUUUGAGGUCCACCCCUCCCAGCAGGCGGUGCUGGACGAAGCCAUCGAGUCUCUGGAUUCUCCUGCAGAAAGUCAGCAGAGCCGACAUGGACGGAUCCUGCUGAAACCUGUCAACGCUCUGAACAUCAACGGGGUCAUCUCACGAGCUGUAGACCCACGCAUGACCAGGACCACUUUACUUGAGAAAAAGUCGUUCAACAUCCACGUCAGUAAAGCAGGAGGAGUCAUGUCUCCGGGGUUCCCAGACUCUUUAUACCCACCAAACAUCCACCUGCAGUGGACACUGAGGGCUGACCCGGGCCACCGAGUCCAACUGGACUUCCACACCUUGAUCCUGGAGGACGACUGUCAGAAAGACUUCAUAAAGAUCUACGACUCCCUGGCUCCGAUAGAGAACCGAGUCCUGACAGAGUGA